UAAUUACUCGCUUGUUCAGCAGACACGACACCGACGUAAACAACUCAACUCGCAAACGUCGUCACUGUCACUAUGUUUUCAAGUCCCGCGCGUGUGAAAUUAACAAUAUUUUAAUAACUUUUGAACUGUAGGUACACGUGUCGAUUAAAUAUUAUUUUACGGUCCAACUGAUCAUAUAGUCAUUUUAUAUUAUAAUAAGUAGAACUAAAUAUGGAAUCUUGGAAAAAAGUAUGCAUAAUAGUUUCAGUGUAUGUCAUACUUCGAGAAUUCCGUCCAAUAGAUCCUUUUAUUAUUAAGUAUCUCACGUUUCUUCCAAAAAAAUACACUAUUAAAACAAUUAGAGAAGAGGUUUAUCCAGUGAGUAGUUACGUUAGCGUGUUAUUCAUAGUAAUCAUAUUCCUCGUUACCGAUUAUCUACAAUACAAACCAAUAAUAAUUUUAAAUGGAUUAUCUGGUAUAAUGUCUUACAGUUUACUAUUAGGAUCUCCAACAAUAAGUUUGUUGAAAUCAAGUCAAAUAUUUUUAAUGCUUUUUAGAGCAGCUGAAGUUUCAUAUUAUACAUAUAUGUUUGCAAAAAUUAAAAACAAAGAUCAGUAUCAGAUUGCUAUUAGUAUAGUAAAAACUUCAAUUAUGAUUGGAAAAUGUAGUUGUGGUAUAAUAUCACAAGUUCUUAUAUCAUAUAAUAUUGUGAACUAUGUAUAUUUACUUUAUUUAAGCAUACUUGGUAUGAUUUUAACUACGAUCUGGUCAUUAUUUAUGCCACCAAUUAAGUUUAGUUUAUAUUUUUAUAAAGAACAAGAAUCCGUUUUGGAUGUAUUUGUAAGUGAUAAUGAAAAAAUUAUUCAAACAAAAAUCAAUGAAACUACUAAUGUGAAUCUAGAUAAAAAUAAUAUAAAAAAAUACUUUUUAAAAAUGGAAUGCUCUGAAGUUGUUCAAAAGCUAUGGGAUGAUUUUAAUGUAGCAUAUACGGAUGAAAACGUAUUUAGGUGGUCAGUUUGGUGGUCGUUGUCACUUAGUGGUUAUGUAUUGGUUUCCCAUUAUAUCCAACUUCAUUGGGAAGAAAUUGAAACGCAUAGUGAACAAAAUUCUUUAAACGGUGCAGUUGAAUCAUUAGCCACACUAUUAAGCGCUGUUGCUAUAUAUGCGAUUGGAAGAGUUAAUGGAGAUUGGGACAAGUAUGGAUACAUUAUAAUGGCAAUGGUAGCCAUGGUACUUGGAGUCAUAUUAUAUUUUCUUUCUAUUACUAAAUCUUUAACAAAGUCGUAUGCAUACUAUAUAAUAUUCUGUUGCGCAUAUCAGGCUAUGGCAACAAUAUCAAGUGCAGAAGUUGCCAAAUUGUUGAAAAGGAAUUGUUAUGCUUUAAUAUUUGGAUUUAACAAAUUUAUUGCGUAUGUUUUAAUUAUUAUAUUCACCGUUAUCGUCGUUGAAGAUAAAUUAUUUUCUUUCGACAUUUGUCAACAGUUUUUGAUCUACAGUGUGUAUUUUAUGUUCUUGGGAUGUCUGUUUUUAUUAAUGUCUUUCAUGUCAUUCAGGAGACUAUGAAAAAAAAUGAACCAUUGUCGUGACGUUUUUAUACUUCUACAAAUAUAGCGAAUACUACUAUUAUAAAUGUAUUCUACAUACAAUUUCUAAAAUUCAUGAAAUUAUUUUUCAACAUAUCAUCAUCAAAUCUAUAAACCAUUAAGUUAAUAAUACAUGAUAUACCUAUAUGGCUAUGUCUUAUGUGUGAAAUUAUCCGUGAUGACAAUUGGAGAUCAAAUAUUGGAAUAAUUAAAAUAUUUAUUUACCGUAGAUACCUAAGGGUAUGAAAAAUUUUAUUUUUAUUUUUCUAAAAUGUUCAACUAAAUCUAACAAUUUUUAAGAUUAUUUAAAGGUAACUAUAUUUUUAGUUAAUAUACUCUUAUAUUAUUUUUA